AUGGAAGACCAGAAAUGCAGAUUGUCUCCGACCACCUUGACGAUUUUCAUUCUUGGUCUCAUUUGCAUUCUAAGCAUUUGCCCCGCUAAUUCUGCUAUUGCAGUAGCUGAUACAAGUAGCUCAUUGUCAACUUAUAUCAUCCAAGUACAAAAGCCGACCGACAAACAUACCUCUACUUCAGAGGAUCUCGAUACUUUGUAUCGGUCAUUUUUACCUACCACAGCAACCGGCUCUAACCAAGAGCAAAGAAUGGUUCACUCGUACAGACAUGUGCUAUCCGGGUUCACGGCCAAAUUGACCGCCGAGGAAGCUAAAGCCAUUGGGGAGAAGGACGGUGUUUUGUACGUGCGUCCGGAGAAGGCGCUCUCUCUACACACAACUCACACCCCCGCCUUCUUGGGCUUGCACCAAGGAGUCGGGCUCUGGAAGAACUCGAACCUCGGCAAGGGCGUGAUCAUUGGAGUAUUGGACUCGGGGAUUUUACCCCACCACUCUUCCUUCAGCGACAAGGGGAUGCCUCCGCCUCCGACCAAAUGGAAGGGCAGGUGCGACUUCAACGGCACAUCCUGCAACAACAAGGUCAUUGGUGCGAGGUCUUUCAUCGGCUCGAGCAACACUGUUGUGCGGGCCGUUCCGCCAUAUGAUGAUGACGGCCAUGGCACACACACUUCCAGCACAGCUGCCGGUGCUUUUGUGAGGGAUGCAGGCGCACUCGGUAAUGCCAAAGGCACGGCCAUAGGCAUGGCGCCUAUUGCGCAUUUGGCAAUUUACAAGGUUUGCAGUGCUUCCGGGUGCCUUCAGGGCGACAUAUUAGCUGGGUUCGACGCGGCCAUCGAGGAUGGUGUUGAUGUGAUUUCCGUCUCUAUAGGAGGACCAUCUUUUCCGUUCUACAAUGACGUGAUCGCAUUGGGUGCAUUUGCCGCCACCCAAAAGGGCAUCUUCGUCAGCUGCUCUGCGGGGAAUUAUGGGCCAUCCAACAGCACAUUGGCAAACGAGGCACCGUGGAUUCUCACUGUGGGAGCGAGCAGCAUCGACCGCAGCAUAAAGGCCACGGCGCGGCUUGGGAACGGGCAAGAGUUCGAUGGGGAGACCUUGUACCAACCGCACGACUUCCGUCCGACGCUACUUCCCCUAGUUUAUCCGGGAGUAGACGGAUAUGAAUUCUCGGCCUUCUGCGAUCCUGGAUCACUACAAAACCGCUCGGACCUCCGGGGGAAAGUGGUUGUGUGCGACUGGGGCGAUGGAAGUGGGGCAGUCGGGAAAGGUCAAGAGGUCAAGGAUGCCGGUGGUGCGGCCAUGAUCCUUGUGAACGGUCUCAUUGAGGGAUACACCACAUUGGUCGAUAAGCAUGUCCUACCCGCCGUCCACGUGAGAUAUGUCGCAGGGAGAGAGAUCAAGAGCUACAUAAGCACGGAGUCGGUGCCAAUGGCCACGAUUCUAUUCAAAGGCACUCACAUCAGGAGAUCGGUCGCCCCGGCUGUAGCAUACUUCUCUUCUCGUGGCCCCAACAUCCAAAGCCCAGGCAUCCUAAAACCGGACAUCAUCGGCCCGGGCGUGAACAUUCUCGCCGGUUGGGCAUUUCCUUUAGACAAUUCUACGGACAAGAAGAACGCAUUCAAUGUGAUCUCCGGGACCUCCAUGUCCUGCCCCCACCUCAGUGGUGUGGCGGCCCUGCUCAAGAGCGCGCACCCUGACUGGUCGCCAGCGGCCAUCAAGUCCGCCAUCAUGACCACUGCCGCCACCUCCAACAUGGAAGGCCGACCCAUCGUGGACCAGACGCUCCAUCCAGCGGAUAUUUUUGCCACCGGUGCAGGACAUAUCAACCCAUCGAAGGCUGUCGACCCGGGUCUCAUCUACGACAUCGAACUUCGAGAUUACGUUCCUUACCUUUGUGGGCUCAACUUCAACGACUUCCAAAUGGAGCUCAUAUUAAAAAAAAAAGUCUCAUGCUCGAACAUAAGGAGCAUAUCCGAUUGCCAGCUCAACUAUCCAUCGAUCAGCGUGAGCUUCAGGCCUUCGGUGGCAAAGGUGAGUGUGACAAGGACGGUGAGAAACGUCGGACCCGCGAAGUCGCAUUACCAGUCAGUCAUCGACCCGAUUAAGGGUCUAGACUCAAUUGGCGUGUACCCGCAUGUUCUAGUGUUCACUGAGGCGAACCAGACAGCGAGUUACAGAGUUGACUUCAUGAGGAGAGUUGAUCGGAAAGCGACGGCACCGCCGCCGUUCACUCAGGGGUCAAUCACGUGGGUCUCUGCUCGGCAUUCAGUUCGAACGACCGUCGCUGUUGUGUUUGAGUGA